GUUAACCGGCAAGUGACGAAAUGCGGAACACGCAAAUAAUAUAUUAUAUAAAUUGGACGUCUAGAGUCUUUGCGCAUUAGUUUUACGUCUUGGCGACAUGUUAAAAUAACUAGGAGUAAGACAUUCGAAUCUUCGAAUUUCGAGAAUCUCUAUCUUGAAAACGAUUUCUAGAUUUGUGAUUCACAAACUCGAAUAAUUGCUUUUGUGUGUGUGUGUGUCUGUCUGUGUCUUUUGACCUUUUCGAAUUCUAACGUAAGCUAAUCGAUUAGCGUUUUAACUCAUAUUGGAAAAUUCAACUUCAUUGAAGCACCUUUAAUUGUUUACUAACGCACAUUUAUUGCUGUUUAUGUGGCACAAAAUAUUUUCUGAAAACUGAAAAUAAGGGGACGCAAUGAAUCCCUCAAUUUUGGAGGAAGCGCCGCGAGAUCCCGGAGUGCGUGUAACGCAUCAUAGUUACACCGACAAAGACUUCGAAGGACACAGAGCUCAUACUGUCUAUGUUGGUUUGCAUGUUCCUGGUUACCACAGACGUAGUCAUCAUAGAAGGCAUCGGCAUCAUCACAAAAAUGGACAUAAAAAAAGGGAAGAUGGAACAUCUGCUGAAUAUCCCAACGAAUUACAUAGGCCAGUCACACCACCAGCAGAACGUGUUCAUUUUAUAUUGGGUGAAGAUGAAGAUGGCACUCACGAAUCUCAUCCCUUGUUCAGUGAAAUGGAAGAACUUCAUUAUGAAGGAGAUGAAAUGGAAUGGAGGGAAACUGCUAGAUGGAUAAAGUUUGAAGAAGAUGUUGAAGAAGGGGGAAAUCGAUGGUCAAAACCACAUGUAGCUACUAUAUCUUUACAUUCUUUAUUUGAAUUACGAAGUUGUAUUCUUAAUGGCACUGUAAUGCUAGAUUUAGAAGCAACUAACCUCGAUCAAAUUUCAGAUCUUGUAUUAGAGAAUAUUGUCAAUGCUGGUCAUCUGCAAUUGGAAGCUCGUGAUAGAAUAAAAGAAGCUCUGCUGCGUCGUCAUCGGCAUCAGCAUGAACGCAAGCAUGAUAAAGUAGAUAAAGGUUCCAGAUUGCCUCUAAUACGUUCAUUAGCUGACAUUGGACGAAAUUCGAGCAAAAGCAUGUUUGGUUCAAGUAUGCAUUCCAUUCAGAACUAUGGAUAUAUCUGCAUGAACAUGAGAUUGUCUCAAAUUCUUGCUGUUGAAGAAGAUUUAUAAUUUUUGUAUCGCCCUUGAAUGAAGAAUAAAACCUUUUCUAGAUA